AUCAGGACUAAGAGCUUGGUGACUGAGGACAAGCAGUGACCAGGUCUUUGUGACUAAAAUAUGUGGACUCUAAUUCUUCUCAUUUGUUCCCAGCCUGUUUCAGGUGCAUUGUGGGCAGAAAAGGAAGUAACGGGAAUUGUUGGUCAAGCAAUUACAGUAAAUUGUUCUUAUACUAACCAGCACCAGCAAAAUAGGAAAUUCUGGUGUCAUGAAUGGACUAAUGAAUGCAAAUGUUUGGUGAGCACAGACGAUCCAAAUGGACGGCGAGGAAGAAUGUCAAUCAAAGAUUACAAGGCACAAGGAGUAUUUACUGUUGUGAUGGAGGAUCUUCAGCUAAAAGAUGAAGGACGGUACAGAUGUGGUAUCGAUCAACCUGACCAUGAUCUAAGUUUUAUUGUGAAUCUGCAAGUAUUUUAUGAAUCCGUGUCUGUUCCAGUUCUCAAAUUCUCUUCGCCACCCGAUGUCUCAUGUUCUGGAGGUUUAGUGACAAUCUCCUGUGAGUCUGCCCGCGGAUCCCUCCCCAUUCACUACACAUGGUCUGAGAAGACCCCAUAUCAAGAUUCGAAGAUCUCUGACACCAAUAAACUGGAUCUACAUUGUCAAUCCUUCACACAGCAACAUCAUCAGUAUUACUGCACGACCAAAAAUCAACAGGCAACAAAAAACAGUGUAAUGGUUAAUGUAGCAGUCAUCAGCAAAUCAGAGAAAAAUUGCAGUUAUGAGGCACAGAUCAGUAACAUUGAACAGCAAUAUUCUUGUGAAGUUUCUUCAACAACUGCACCAUCUACAAGUGCAAAUACUCAAAACCAAUCUCUGAAAAACACAAGGCUGCUUUGCAUUAUAGUCGGUGUACUGGGGGCCAUUCUUGCUGUUUUUGCAUUUUCACUGCUUUGGUACAUGAAGAAAAUGAAAAAAUUGAAUAGCCCCAUUAUAUGUAGUCGAAGAGACAAGCAUCCAAAUGAUAAUCAGAAAUUGACAGCAGCAGAAGAGACUAUCAUAAAUUCAGAUGUGAAUGUCACAGAAAGUAGCUCACCUGAAACACACGGCAAUGGAAAUGUCCAGUUCAAUAAGAAUGAAAAUGGAAUCCAUUACGCAGCAGUACAGAUUCAAAGGAAAUCACCAGCACGUACGAGUGAGGUGGAAAGGGGCACGAUUAGCAAUGCAGACAGUGUCAUCUACAGUGCGAUCAAUAUUUAAAAGCAGCCUGCAGAGAACAACACAUAAACUUCAUCUUCCAGAAUCCAUAAGAUUCUCAAAUGGCACUUAAUAGAACAUUACACUUGUGGGAAACCUUUAAUACACGUGAUUCUCAUUACUCCUUCUUAGACCAUAAAAUGGAAAAGCAGAGGUAGGCCAUUCAGCCCAUUGUGUCUAGUCUACCAUUCAAUGACCUCAUGGAUAAUCUGAUAAUUCUCAACUCUAUCUCCAGGACACUUGAGGUCCUCACUGAUUACAAAACUGUCUAUUUCAGCCUUGAAUAUUCUAAAUGACCCAGCCUCAGCAGCCCUAUGUAGUAAAGGAUUCCACAGGUUGACUAUCAUAGAAUCAUUUCAGUGUGGAAACAGGCUUUUUGGCCCAACAAGUCCACACCGACCCUUACAGCAUCCCACCCAGACCCAUUCCCCUAUUACACACCUAAUCUACACGUUCCUGAACACGAUGGGCAAUUUAGCAUGGCCAAUCCACCUAGCCUGCACAUCUUUGGACUGUGGUAGGAAACCAGAUCAUCGAAAAGCAACUCACGCUGACAAACGGAGAAUGUGUGAACUCCACACAGACGGUUGCCCAAUGGUGAAAUUUAGUCUGGGUCCCUGGCACUGUGAGGCUAGAGUGCUAACUGCUGACCCACCAUGCCAUGAUUCCUCCUCAUCUCCAGCUUAAAUGGACACCUCCUCACUCUGAGAUUAUGCCGGUCCUAGAUUAUGCAACAAAAGAAAUAAAUUCUCUGUAUCUAACCUGCCAAGCCCCUAGAAAUCUUACAUGUUUCAAUGAGGUUUCCUCUCAUUCUUCCGUACUCCAAUGACGACAAACCCAAACUACUCCGCCUCUCCUCAUAAUAAAAUUCCUUCAUUUCCAGAAUCAACCGAAUGAAAAUUGUCGAGACUACUUCCAAGGCCAGUAUAUCUUCUCUUAGAUAAGAGAACCAAACUGUUCACAGCAUUCCAGCUAUUGUCCAAUCAGUGUGUUGCAUAGUUUUAGCAAGACUUCAUCAUUUUUUCUUUAUAUUUCAGUGACACUAAAUUUCUUCUGCCAUGAUCCACCUAUAUAUAACAUUGUCCAACUCUACCUGCACCUUUGGUGUUAUUCCCCACAAAUCAACAGUUUCUUUCCAUUUAACUUGAUAACCUGAUAAUAUCCUUUGAAGUUAUGACAGUAGACCAGGUUAAUACAGUAGACGUCACAUAAUUAGAUUUCAAAGCAAUAUUUGAUAAUGUGUUACACAGUAAGCUCAUGACAAAAUGGAAACCAUGGGAAAGUAGCUGAGUGGAAACAGGGCAAUAUUUUCACUUGUGGAAGAAUGCAAAACUAAGGAUCGUAAAUGUCAUGCAUUCACUAAUAAAUCUAACUGAAUAUUAGAAAAUUAUUACCACAGCAAAUGAUUGAGGCAAAAAUGUUUCUGUGAAAAUUAUAUUAGCAUGUAAAAGGAAAUAGAAAGAUAUGCAGAAAGGCUAAAAUCAAGUAGACAGAAUAAAAGAUAUGCUCAUGGCUUAUGAAAACUACAGGCCAGCUGGGUUUUUUUUAUAUUCCAUGCAGCUCUAUGCAUAUUCCUUCCAGUGUCUCAGGAAGACCUAAUCAAGUCAUUGUCGUUGUAAAUUCUUGUCUCAAAUAAGGCAGCUUGCAUCAGUCCUAAAAUUCCACUGAGCCAUUUUCAACGUAUGCAUCAUUAGUGUUGUUAUAUGACAGAAAUUGAAACUGAUAACUAUUUUAUUGUAACAUCUGCAUUUGCUCACCAGUCCUAG